UUCCGUCGACCGCUGCCCGUGGUGCACCACAACACCCAGUGAGUUGUUCGUGUUGAAAGCUUAGUCCAGUUUCCUGGCGGUCCCAGUGAGUGCAAAUCUUAAAACCAGUGAAUCGAAAGGAAAAUAAUAACGCAAAAGUGUAACGUGCGUGUGUUUGUGUGACGUGCUGUGCAUCUUGGGAAUCCAUUUUUGAAUAUUCAAAUUCAAUGUUUGCAGUUUUUCAUCUUCGCAGCGUCUGACCGAAGAAAGUGAAAAUCACCGCCAGCAGCCAGCUGAAAAAUUCAACGGAAAGUGAAAACAGUAGUGCAGAGAAUUCCAACCAUGAAUCGGCUCCGAGUGUUCAACCUGCUGCUGUUUGCAUUCUGCUUUUUAUGCACAAUCAGACAGUUAGAAAGUACCUGUGUGCUAGACUCCGACUUUGGGUUCAUACUAAAUUGUGCGUUCAAAAAGUCCGGCCUGUUUCGAGUGCGGAACCUCGGGGGCGUCAAAGCACACUUUGGGCUAGGUUUCAGCCUCGGUGAUGAGCUCGGGCUGGCCGAAUCGCUGGGCAACGUCGAGGGCAGCAAAAGGCGCGCGCUCAACGUCCGGACCAAUGUCAACAACAUCGGAGUACUGCCCGCGUCCAAAAUGCCGUCUUCAUACCCACCCACGAUCAUGCAGAGCCGCCCACAAGCGCUAACCGCGAGGCCGAUGCUGAAACUGACCACCGCCAACUCCGUAACAGGUCCCCAGCGUCCCACCACCGGAACUCCCGUUUACGUGUCACCGGCCAACGGCCUCAUGACCAAAGCCACCUCCCUUCCCCUCGGAGUACCCGCCUUCCGACCCCUUCCCAAACCCGAACCGGAACCGGUGAGCUACGUUCCUACCCUGGUGCCGAAGACCUUCUCCCUUAAAACUCCUCAAACGCCCGAUCUUUCCUUCCAGAACCAGCUCAUGAACCAAACCUCCUCCUUCCAUCGACCUUCCCGAAUUACCAGUGCCCCUCCCAACCACCAUAUCGUCUACAAAGACUCCUCGAUCCAGGUGCAAAAGGUCCCAGCGUUCCAGGCGAUGCCCGAGUCCGUUUCGCGGAUAUCAACCGGUCCGGUCAUCCAGAUCGACAACAAACUGUCCCACGAACCCACGAUCAAGAACUCCAUCGUAACGGUCCCGUCUCGGCACGACGUCAUCGGCAAGGGCACCACCGUGGUGGACGGCGUCGAUCUGAUGGGACACACCGUCGAAGAACUAGCCGCGGCCGCCAACGUCAGCGUUGAAGUCAUCAAAGAAGCCAUCCGCGUGCGGAAGCAGGAAAUCCUGGCCCAGCAGCAGUACCAGAAGCAGCAAGCCGCCAUCGUACACGCCCAGAUCAUGGCCGCCCAACAGGCGACCUCGACGAGCACCACGACCACGACGACUACGACGACCACUCCGCGGCCGCGUCGAUAUCCGACGCACUCCGGUCAUAAGGUCAUGAACGCCCCCAAGGAGUACUACCCGGUGGGUUACGACAAGAACUUUGACGACAACUUCACCUCGAAGGUCGACCUGCCGUACACGACGUUCAACUGCGGCGAGCAGAAGCACUUCCCCGGGCUGUACGGCGACGAAGACUUGGGCUGUAUGGUCUUCCACGUGUGCGCCCUCACCGACGACGGGCUGAUCAUGAAGUCGUUCCUGUGUCCGGAGAGCACCCUGUUCGACCAGACGAUCCUCAAGUGCAACUGGUGGUUCUACGUGGACUGCAAGAACAGCAAAACGCUGUACGACUCGAACCUGCCGGUGUCCAAGAGUUACCAGCUGAUGAAGGCGCUGUCGUUCUUCUCGGCCAACUACAAGAGCCCGGGCCAGAACGUGGAGGGAGUGGACGUGGAAGCGCUGAAGAACAGCGUCAACGGCGGCAACAGCACGGUUUCCGGAAGGUCUGCCACCGGAGGUGGGGUUGUGGAAAUUGACGGCAAGUCCUCGUCCUCGGUGCAGCAGAGCACGUCGACCACGACAAAGAGCAGCGCCAAGGCGUAGACCGGUGGACGGGUUACUUUAGGUUCUACCAAGUACUAGUAGUAGGGAAUAUAUUUCAAUUUUCGUUUCGCGUUUAUAGUAGCGCUUCCGGGUCGGAAGGUUUGGAUAUUAGAGAGCUCGUUACAAGAAAGUAAAAAGAAAGUUAUUUAUUGUUUCUGUUAUCGAACUUUUCCCCAAGCAGCAGCAAUCUCUAUUUAUAUACUUUGUUUAGCUGUAAGAACCCUCACACACACGCACGCGGUACGAGAGCGAAACGAAAACAAGUCAUAUCUUUAACGAAACAAACAAAAAAGGCGCAUAGUUUGCUUAAUCUAAUAGUUUAACUUUUUUGUUUUGCUCAAGCCGAUUUAGCGGAAGAAAGAAGAAAGCAGAAAAAACGGUUUGUUUGAGGAGGAGUUUUGCUUUCGCCACGCGGUCAAACUUUGGAAGCGAUUAAAUGUUGCGCCCCCAGGGUAUGCCUCACGGACAGCACCAAGCUGCUAGUUUCAGUUUGGCGCGAAGUUAAUCUCGG